UUCCAACCGCCAAAAAAGAAACAGAAGAAGAAGAAGAACGUCACCACUUCACUGAGCUGAUCACAACCUCCACGUUACAGCUAUUCCCUGGAGUUGCUGUUACCGUGGUUUGUUUGAAGGGGAGAACCGGAUCUAAAAAGACACUAUAGUCCAUCUUUCAGUGACUGAACGUAGUGAACAGCUCAGGUGCUGCUUACAAAUGGCGUUUUCUUUUACCUGAGUGCGCUAUAUCCGGUCCGUCGGAGCCAGGGGGACGCUGUUGGUGGACAGGAGUUGACGUCAAGCCUAUUUUUCUGCCCCUAACAGCAUCACCGGUCCGCUGCCCUCCUGAGUAGCUGCUCACUGCUCUCUUCAGGCAUUUCCUCUUCUCUGCUCAUUAUUCCCCGACUCCAUCUCUGCUCCCAGGUUAACCUGCCGGCAUCACUCAACAAACUCAGAGCCUCAGGGCAGACAGACUGACUCAGGCGUUUUCACAUUACCUAUCAUUAGAGGCCCUAUAGGAAAAGAUCAGUGGCCUCUAGCCUGGUGAAGAAGCCAUGCUUGUCUGGUCUCCUCAUGGCCGCAGCACGACCGCCAUCACCCUCUUCCAGCCACUGCUGAUGCUCAUUCUGGCCCUGAAAGUACUGCUCUGCCCUUUGGGCUUAGUGAUGGGUCAGGGGGAGAGUCACACCCAGUCUCCUCACCAGGUGCUCCAGGACCUGCUGGCCCGCUAUGGGGACAACGGCACCAUCACGGUGCCCCAGCUCCGAUCUCUGCUUGCCCUGCUCAGCCAGGGUCAGGCUGAAGGCGACAGCAGCAAUGAAGCUGAGACACCAACAACCACACCUCCCGAAUCCAACAGCUCCAAGUGCUUGCCUGCAGACACGCUGGCUAUUUACAGCAUCAGUGAGCAGUCACAGCUGGAUGGGCAGAGGUUACAGGAGCUGUGCCCCACCAUGCUGCAGCAGCUGGAUGCUGGGAGCUGCAAGACACAAAAAGAGGAGGGGCUGAGCAAUGACACCUCCCCCAGGCCAUCAGAUGCUGAAGUGUGGGGUUAUGGGAUCCUGUGUGUGACACUGAUCUCUCUGUGUUCGCUGGUCGGCGCCAGCGUGGUGCCCUUCAUGAAGAAAACCUUUUACAAGCGCCUGCUGCUCUACUUCAUAGCCCUGGCCAUUGGCACACUGUACUCCAACGCCCUGUUUCAGCUCAUCCCAGAGGCCUUUGGUUUCGACCCGAUGGUAGAUUUCUAUGUGUCCAAGUCUGCGGUGGUGUUUGGAGGCUUUUAUCUGUUCUUCUUCACUGAGAAGGUCCUCAAAGUGCUUCUCAAGCAGAAACAGGGGAGCCACGGCCACGGUAAUUACCCCGGUGCAGAACACUACUCGACGCCUGACAGGGAUGUGGAGGAGGGCGAGAAGGAGAAGCUGCAACACAAUGGAGAAACCAGCGCUCUGGCACUGGGCAAGGUGGAUGCAGGGGAGGGCGAGCUCAUGCUCAGCCCUGCACAGACGCCACAGGACUCUCAGAGCCCAGACAGCGGGGGGCGGUCCACCAGUGGAGGUGGCUGCUACUGGCUAAAGGGGACGACUUACUCUGACAUCGGCACACUGGCCUGGAUGAUCACACUCAGUGACGGCCUCCACAACUUUAUUGACGGCUUGGCUAUCGGCGCUUCCUUCACCGCCUCCGUCUUCCAGGGCAUCAGCACCUCCGUGGCCAUCCUGUGUGAGGAGUUCCCCCAUGAGCUGGGUGAGCAGAUGAGACUUUGUGAUCCUGCUUUUUGCAUACAGCAGGCUCUCUUCUUUAACUUCCUGUCUGCCUGUUGCUGUUACCUGGGCAUGGGUUUUGGCAUCCUGGCAGGCAACAGCUUCUCCCCGAAUUGGAUCUUCGCCCUGGCAGGAGGAAUGUUCCUCUACAUUGCUUUGGCAGACAUGUUUCCAGAAAUGAAUGAAGUGAGUCGUGAGGGAGAGGACGCAGGUGGCAGCACCUUUCUCCUCACCUUUGCCAUCCAGAAUGCUGGGUUGCUGACAGGCUUCGCCAUCAUGCUCCUUCUCACCAUCUAUUCUGGACAGAUACAGCUGGGCUAGCAGCAGCCACUGCAGGACCAGCACCAGCUCUGAGCAGUAUGAACUGAAACUGGACCGUCAGCUAGGUUGUGCUCCUGGAACUGGCUGCAGAAGAAGGCAAACAUUCUUCUCUUUAUGUUCCACCCUUUUUUUUAGUUUUCACACCCUUGAGCUCUGGAAGUUUGGCUGCUGUGCGGCAGAUAUGCACGCUCCUCUGUUAAAAAAAAAAAAAAAUUUGAAUAGCUGUUCCCACCUGCAGUGGUAUCGUUGACUGACAUCACUGAGGCUUUACCCUUCUGUUCCAGACUUUCAAUCACCAGGUUUGUCUUUCAUUCCAUACUAAAAACAAAUCUUUAAGGACCUGAACUGGAAUUUUAAUCUAGCAUCAAUGUCAAACUGACUUCCAGCUAGACUCUGUUGUGUGCGUUAUAUUUUUUACAUAUGAAAAAGUACUAAAUUAUGAGUAAAUUAUGAGACUCUUAAAGACCAAAAAUGGGCAGAUCAUUGAGAGUGGUGAAGGGCUACACAGUGACGUGGAGAAGGGUACACUUCAUUCUUCUCAGUAUGGAUUUCUCUGCAUCCUCAGUGUGCAGUUAAAAAUUCUAAAUGAACCCUGGUGAAGAUAUUUAAACUGACAUAAAGUCCAGAGUUUGGUUUUAUAGAGGCUUUUUCCAGAUCAGACACAACACCACCCAGCAUCAACAGCAGCAUCUGUGUCCAACAUAAAUACAGUUUUGUAUCAUUUGCUUUUUUAAAUUUCUUAUAUUCAUGAGCUCAGAGUGCAAAUCUCUAAACUUCACAGAUCCCGUAGACUUUCCCAGAAUGAUCUGUUCUUUUACAGUAUAGUAAUUCUUAAAAUACAGUAAGCUAAAUCAUGUGACAACAUGCAAUGGUCUGUGACCUUAUCCUUAUGAAUCCUCCAUAAAAAUGACAAAAAAAGAAGUUAUAAACUGUUUACUUGGAGGUUGUAAAACAUCUACCACCAUGAGGCCAAAAGUAUGUGGACAUACCUUUCACCCUUCUUUCUGUACUUUUGUUGUGAGACUUUUGUUUCUUUUUUUUCUUUUUUCUUUUUUUUUUUUAGGAAAAAUGGUCAUUAAUUAAGAUGGCAACAAAAAUAUCAACCUGGAGGCAUGACGAGAUUCAGGAACUUCUGUCUUGUAGAACUGGCACCAGAAUUGUCAGAUAAAGUUAAGGAACGGCAAGAGAUUCAGUUGUUUAUGACCAAAUUAAAAACUGGCUACAUGACCACAUCACGUGCAGCCUCCUGCACGCUCUCACCUCGUUGUUGUGUGCUACAUGUGUGAAAGGGCAUCUCUGGACAAAGUCUUGACCUGAUUUUGGAGGCGACAGUGGUGCAGUGGGUAGAGCAAUCGUCUCCCAACCAGAAGGUUGAAGGUUCGAAUCUUGGUGCCU